AUGGUUGAGACAGGAGCACGGGCAGGCAACUUCUCCUUUGCGCAGGCCUGGUUUCAAAAGGCCAAAGACUGGGGUUUUGACUUGGAUCCGUCGCUCUUAGUCAAUGCUGCGGGCAAGAGCUUGGAGAUGGCAACGGCCGAGAAGCUCUUCAUCGAGCUGGCUUCGCCAGGUCUGGCGGAGUACAACUACGUGCUCGAUGCAGCUGCACGCCAGGGAAACUGGACGCGAGCGAGAUACUGGUAUGAUCAGGCCAUACAAGCAGGGGUACCAGUGAAUCUUGAUAGAGAUGUUGUGAUGAUCAUGCUCUUUGCUGCAGCGCGCAGUGGCAACACCGUCGCAGCCGAGCAGCAGAUGAAUGAAGCCAGGGCGGCCGGGCUGAAAGAUUGGGAAGGCAUGUAUACGGCACUGGUAACCGCUGCUGCCCAAUCGCAAAAUUUUACUUUAGCGGAGAAGUGGUUGCAAGAAGCGCGGAAAGCUGGAUUAACUCAGCAUGAGCAGUACAACUCUGCGAUACAUGCAGCUAGCCGGUGCGGACAGCUAGACUCUGCGGAGCAUGUUGCCGCACUAGCAGAGCUAGAUGGUGUGGCACUGGACAGCUACGGCUUCACUGGAUUGAUUAUGGCAGCUUUCAAUGCCAACAGCAUGGCCGCCGCGGAACGCUGGUUCCAGCGUGCUGUAGAUAGUGAUGGACUGGACAAUCGGGUUAUCAACGCAGCCGUCCACGAAGCAGCGAGGUGUAACAAUCUAACCGCUGCUGAAGGAUUUUUCCGCCACUUCGAGACCUCCACUCUGGAACCCGAUGCUUAUAGCUACCUGGGGAUAGUAGCAGCAGCUUCCCAUGUUGGAAACCUGGCCGCAGCAGAGCAUCGCAUGGAGGAGGCACUAGCGGCUGGGCACACGCAACUCCCAAGCCUGUAUAGCUCUGUCAUCAACUGUGCGGAGAGCACAGGGGAUCAUGCAUCAGCUGAGAGAUGGUUUCGGCGGGCCACAACUUCCGGGAUCAUACCAGACAUGGCUUUUUUCAACAAGGUUCUUGCAAAUAUGGCCAGGCGCGGAGACUGGGGAGCAGUCCAACGGUGGCUGCAAGUUGCUAGGCAACGUGGUGCAGUGCUUGACAAGAUGACCUAUACUGCCUUAAUCAGCGCCGCUUCCAAAAAGGGGCAUAGGCCAUCUCCACAGCAGGGGAUGGAGAAUCUACGGGAGGCCACAAGGUUGCUCGACGAAGCCCUGGCUGGUGGCAUAUCCGUAGACAUCGUAAUGAUGAACAGUGUCCUUGCAGCAGCAGCGCAGGCUGGAAGGCUUAAAGAAGCAGAGGAUGUCUACCAGACUAUCCUCGAGGAAGGACUUUCUCCCACAGCCGUCACCUUCAACACCCUGAUCAAUGCGGCCUUGCGAGCAGAAGACUUGAAGAAAGCUGAGGAUUGGCUGCAGCGAAGUAAAGACUUUGGCUUCCGGCCCACUGCUCAGACUUUUACCCCCUUUCUGGCCUAUGCCGGAAAGAUGCAAGAUGGCACGCUAUCCGAGACAUGGCUCGAUCGCAUGCUCGAAGAGGGUGUUAAACCGGACCUUAUCACAUACAGCACUUUAAUAUCUGGCGCCUCGAAGGCCGGCAACCCAGAGGUUGCAGAGGUUUGGCUACAGCGUGCUGUAGCUGCCGGCAUGCGGCCGAACAAGGUAUGCUACGCUAGUGUCAUGGAUAGUUAUGCACGAAAAGGAGAUGCAAGUCAAUGCUUGGCUCGGCUUUUAGACAUGGAGCUGGCUGGCAUAAACGGUGGCAUAAUGGAGCUGAAUCUGGCUCUGAAGGCUUGUGCCUUUGCCGUACCCCCAGAUGAAGACCGUGCAGCCCUGAUUCUGGAGAUGAUUUCUGAACGCCGCCUGCAUCCUGACACGAUGACGGCAACUCGGUAA